AUGAAAGUGACUGUGUGUUUCGGGAGGACCCGGGUGGUCGUUCCGUGCGGCGAUGGGAAUAUACAAGUCCACAGCCUUAUCGAACAAGCUGCCAUGAGGUAUAAGAAGGCGAUCGCUAAGGACCCCAGCUACUGGGUCCAGGUCCACAGGUUGGAACAUGGAGAUGGAGGUAUUUUGGACCUGGAUGACAUGCUGUGCGAUGUGGUGGAUGACAAAGAUAGGCUGGUAGCAGUAUAUGAAGAGCAGGAUCCUCACAAUGGAGGCGACGGUACCAGUGCCAGCUCCACCGGUACGCAGAGUCCCGAACCCUUCACCAGUGACAUGAGUUCAGCAUCGGCCUUUCAGCCCUAUCAGCCCAACAGUGAGAUCGAGGUCACCCCGUCCGCUCUGCGAUCCAACAUGCCCCUCCAUGUCCGUCGCACCAGUGAUCCCUCCCUGGCCGGCCUUCCUUCGGGCGAAGUCCCGGGUGGUCCAGAAGCACCGUCCAGAAAGAACCCAACCCGCUGGUCCACAACUGUUGGCUUUCAAAAGCACAAGCACAAACCAAACACAAGCGCUGGCACCGGCAGCCUGGAACGAAAGGGUAGGGGAGGCCAGGCCUAUCGGAGUCUUCCACGUGAUGCAAGUGGCUGGACCACUCAGUUCCAGAGGGAAAUGACUCGAUCAUCCCUGAGCGCCAACCAUCCAAUGGUGGACCGAUGGCUUGACAGGCAGGAACAGGAGGAGGAAGACGAAGAACGAAGGAGACAAGAAAGGAGGAUUGAAAGGAUUGAGCCAAUAGGGAGGGCCGAUUCCUCAUUGGAAUAUUCUCCUGUGUUGAGUCUAGAAUCCCUGCUCAAACCAGUAACGGUGUCCAAUGGAGGAGGGCCCCUCGGGAUCCACGUUGUGCCUCUCAGUUCGCAGGAUGUCAGGACUCAGGGCUUGCUGGUGAACCGACUGGAGCGUGGGGGCAAAGCUGAGCAGGAGCGUCUCUUCCAGGAGAACGACUGCAUUGUCAAAAUUAAUCAGGGAGACAUUCGUAACCUGCGCUUCGAACAAGCCCAAAACAUUUUCAAGAAGGCGAUGUGUGGGCCCGUCAUCCUUUUUCACGUGGUCCCCGCAGCCAUGAAGAGACAGUACGAGCUGCUGUCGGCCCGGAGCGAGCUCAGCCCGCCCCAGUCCAACAGAGUCCAUUUUGGCCCAGACUCUCAGCAGUCGGGGAACAGGUCCAGUUUGGUGGCGGGGCUGACUCCCAGAGCUGGACCACAGCCAGGCCUCAACCACGACCACCAAGGACCCCUGGCAGGAAGCACCCCAGAGCCGAGCCGACGGUAUGCCACGUUACCCCACAUCUUGGUCUCCAGGACCUCCACUUCCCCCUCCCUGCAGCGCAGGGUGAGCACAAAUCCCUCCACCAGCUCCUACCUGAAGAACAAAGGACGCAGAUUCAACAUCCAGCUGAAGAAAGGUCCAGAGGGUCUUGGGUUCAGCAUCACAUCCAGAGACGUCCCCAUUGGUGGCAGUGCUCCAAUUUAUGUCAAAAACAUCCUUCCUCGUGGGGCCGCCAUCCAAGAUGGCCGAUUGAAAGCUGGAGACCAGCUGCUGGAGGUUAGUGGAGUGGACCUGAAUGAUAAGAGCCAGGAAGAGGUGGUGGCCCUGCUACGAGCCACGCCCAUGGGCGGGACUGUGAACCUUUCUGUGAUUCGCCCAGAGGACUCCCUGCUGCCUCGUGAAGUGCAGCCAGAGGAAGAUGACAUGGUGUUAACCGCAGACGGAACACAAGAGUUCCUGACCUUUGAGAUCCCUCUGAACGACUCAGGCUCAGCGGGCCUGGGGGUUAGCGUCAAGGGUAACCGCUCCAAGGAGAGCCACGCUGACUUGGGCAUCUUUGUCAAAUCCAUUAUUAAUGGAGGUGCUGCUAGCAAGGAUGGCCGUCUACGAGUCAACGACCAGCUCAUUGCAGUCAAUGGGGAGUCAUUGCAUGGGAUGAGCAACCAGGACGCCAUGGAAACCCUGCGCACGUCCAUGUCGGUAGAGGGCAACAAGCGAGGGAUGAUUCAGCUCAUCGUGGCUCGGCACGUGUCCAAAAACAAUGAGGUAGCCCCCUGCAGUCCUCCAGUUUUAGAGCAUCCAGUGACCUCUCUACUGGACAACCAGGAGCGCCGGAUUUCCAACUCUCUAUACGAAACAAUUGAAGGCUUGCAAAACAACUCCCCACGGCUGGCUAAUAUGAUCGGACGCACUGGUAACUACCAUCUCUCUCCCACUGUGAACAUGCCGCAGGACGACAUAGUGAUGAUCGAAGAUGAUAGGCCACCCCUGCUACCCGUCCACCUUUCCGACCAAUCAUCCUCUAGUUCCCACGAUGACAUGGGCUUCGUGGGAGAAUACCCGGUGCCCUGGAUCCACGAGCUGCCCGGUCAGAAUGAAUGCUCGCUCAGCCCAGACGCCGACCCUGACGGUUCGUUCCUGAGGGAGGGCUUCGGCCGCCAGAGCAUGUCAGAAAAACGCACCAAACAAUAUGAAAAUGCUAAUGAUCUGGAAAUCAUCAAGACGCGGAAGUCCAAGAGCAUGGAUCUGGUAGCAGAUGAGAUUAACUGCAGCACAACAACCAAUGGAGGUUCGUCAGAGGUUGGACCCUCGCUGGGACUGAAAAAGUCCAGCUCCCUUGAAAGCCUCCAGACGGCUGUUGCCGAGGUGUCGAUGAACAGUCAGAUCAAUGUUAACAGGCCGCGCUCGCGGAUCGCUAGGGGCCGCGGCUGCAACGAGAGCUUCCGAGCUGCAAUUGACAAAUCAUACGAGAAACCUGGUGUCACAACAGCAGAAGAGGAGAACAUCAUGGAGACAUUGGACGAGGACACGGAGGGAAGUUCCAGAUCAGGUCGCGAGUCGAUGUCCACCAGCGGCGACCUCAUUGUGGGACCCGGGCUGAACGGCAACCUCUCCAAAGAUGACAGGCAGAAAGAUCGGGACAAGGUUGGGGGGAAGGAAAAGAAGAAACCUGAAAGGGAUAAAGAGAAGGAGAAAGACAAGGACAAGAACAAAGCCAAGAAAGGCGUGCUGAAGGGCCUGGGCGAGAUGUUCAGGUUUGGAAAGCACCGGAAGGAUGAGCGGCCAGGAGACAGGAUGGAGAGAAAGGACUCCAGUAAAUGUAAAGCUGAGGACAUGCAGGCGUCAGAGGAGGAGACCUUGCGGAUGAGGCUGGAACAAGAGAGAAUACAGGCCAAGAUGCGGGAGCUUCGGGAAAAGCAGGCUAAGGAGAGGGAAUAUGCUGAGAUCAAGACAUUGUCGGCGACCUUCAGCUCAGAUGAGGAGCACACCUACGCCGGCAUCGGAUCAUUAGACUCGUCGGUGGACAGCAGCAGCAUGGAGACUCACAACCACCACUACCAUCUCCCCCAGAGUCCCCAGAGCCCUCACCUUCCCUUGAGCCCACAGGACAACGGCCCACCCCUGGAGGCUCUGUAUGCCCAGGUCAACAAACCUCGCAAUGGACGCCCUGCAGCUCCAGACAGCAGUCAGAUGGCUCCCAGUAACCACGACCGGAUACAAAGGCUGAGGAAUGAGUUCCAGCAGGCCAGGCAUGAGGAUGACGUCGAUGACCGUAGGCACACCUACAGCUUCAACCAGUCCUGGGUCAGCAACGGGACGGAGACGCUGAGCGGACGCCAUUCGGUAACAGUCGAGACUCAGGUCCAGAAACAGCAGCAGGAGGAUCGAGAUGGUUUCCAACAAGCGCAGAGACAGUACAACUCCCUGCCACGGCAACCUCGUAAGACUCCCAGCACGGUGUCCCAGGACUCAUGGGACAAGGUGUACAUGCCAGCAGAUGGAUUCCAGACAUCAAAGGAGAACCCUGGCUACUCCAGCAGCCAGGGAUCGCGUAACGGCUACCUUGGAACGUCCAACUUCAAUGCCCGUGUCCUCUUAGAGACUCAGGAGUUGCUGAGGCAGGAGCAGAGACGCAGAGAGCAGGAGGCCAACAAGGCCAGGCCACCCGCCGCACAGGACACCCCCAGCGGCAGCACCUACGACCACAGCAGAGAGCACCUGCAGGCCUCGGGCUCUUCCGUGGUUCAGGCCCCACCUCAGUCCAAGGGCCCCUACAGACAAGAUGUACCCCCGUCGCCCUCUCAGCUCGCAAAGCUCAGCAGGCUUCGGGGCUCAGAGAAAGGGAGACUGUUUUACUCCUGAGACAGUGACAAGGGAUUAGAAAACUUUUGGAAGAUUAGGACUGAUUCUAAGGAGCAUUAACAUGUACAAAAUACUAAGAGGGCAAUGAGUUUUUUUAAUGAAAUGUUGAGAUGCAAAGAUUUUUAUUGAACUGUUGAUAGACAAUGUUAAUAUUUAAAGGAAAAAAAGUUUUUUUUAAUGAUAUGAACCAUUCAUUUUCAAAAAGAAAUUAUUUCUGAUGUUUUACUGUCCAGAAUCAAGAUCAUGUAACUACAGUUUGUGUGUAAGUGCCUUCUGGUUGUAGACAUCGGCCCAAUUAUUCAUGUUUUUGGCUCAUGAUCUGCAGCUUUGACCCAUCCAUCUGAGACAUUUACUAGAGCAGACAUCACUUCAGAAGGCAACUGGUUUGGGCCAUCACUGCCUCGCCACAUCUACCCCCCCAUAACCCCCCAUAACCCCCCAUAACCCCGAGCACAAGCAACACAUUCUCACUCCCAUCGUGUCAAAAAUCAGCGCCUGGUCAAGUGCCUUUGGAUUGACGCAGAAAGUGUCCGUUAGCAUCAUAUUUAGACACGUCUGGACUCUUGCCGUCACUUUUUGACGCUUUCAAGACUCGCGUCUGUCUUUGGUAUCAUAUUUAGACGUGCCUGGGGACUAUGCGGUUUAACUGACAUGCGACACAAGAACGGGGCAGUCAGGUUUAGGAAAAGAUCUUGAGUGGCGUUACAAAAAGAGACAUAGACAUAAACAGGACAUUAACCCCGGUCUCUUGGGUAAAUGUCCUGUGUUGUUUGACCCAUCCACCACCACAACUUACCUACCACAGCAUGCUUAUUUUUGGUCUUUUCUUACUGUUGUUGCUCUUUAUACUUAGUCAUUGUACAGCUGCCUAUCCUUGAUGCGUUCUAUUCAGAUGCCAAAGGGGGAUAUUUAACGCUUAGAGCCACUGACCAAGCGUCAGUAUUUUAGGAGUUGGCCCAAGACACGGCUCAGGCUUGUUCUUCUACCACUGGCGAGGUCUCAGUUGACACCACGCUUGUGUGAAUGAGGCUUAUUUUUACUCAUGGGGACUUUGUGGAGCACUUAAAAAGUUGAAGGUGAAGUAAUAAUAAUAAUAGUGAUAACAUAAAGUAAUAAUUCAAUCUAGUUCAUGUGGGUGUGCAACGACUGUACACGUGUGUGUGUGUGUGUGUGUGUGUGUGUGUGUGUGUGUGUGUGGUGUGUGUGUGUGUGUGUGUGUGUGUGUGUGUGUGUGUGUGUGUGUGUGUGCUAGCAGGCGUCGGUGUGAACAAAGUGUGGAGGUUAAGCACCCUUUUGUGAACUUUGGAGUCCAAACUUUGGUUUUGGGCAUGGCCCCCACCCUACAGUUCAGGCAGGGAUGUGUCCCCUUUGGUUUUAAAUACAUACAUACAGUAUUUCCUCCUUCCAACCCCCUCUUGUAUUCAGUAUGAUAAUCCUGAAUUCUCUCUGCCUCUGCUGGCAGCGUUAUCUCCGUUUUUUUCUCUUCACACAGCCCUCUCAGUGGAGGAAAACAGCUUCAGAUCUCCUUUAUUCCUACCCUGUCCCGCCUACCCAGGGAACCCAACAGUGUAAAUGGGGUCGGCCUUGGGUUAAUAAUUAAUGUUCCUCAUUAAAAAGGAAUGGGCCCCUUUGUGUGUGUGUGUGUGUGUGUUUGUGUGUAUGUUGUCAUGUAUGGUGAGAAGGACGAAACAGCGAGCCUGCCAGCGUAGCUCUGGCCCCGUCCUUGCCUGCUGUACAAUGAUUUGGCUGUAACCAAAGCCCGCUGGCCCCUAGGUGUCUGAGUUGUUACUCCCUGAAUAUUUCAUCAGGGUGGUUACACGGGAAACCACAUCGGGUCUGCAGUAGAUGGCCUCAGUGUGGGACUGCCUCGCCAUGGGCUCGAUACAAUGGAGCUGAUUUUGUUUUCUUUUCAUGAUUAUGUCCAUUGGUAGAAAAAACCCUCGGGAGCCUUUCCGUCAUUCAAUCAAUAAUUACUGGUGCAUUUUCAGUGUGUGUGCGAUGUGUGUGUGUUUGUGUGUGUGUGUGUGUUACCAUCCCUGUAAGAACAAACUUUUGCUUGUCAGAUUGAGACUUUUUUUUUUUGCAAUGUGAGGCUGUUUUUCUCAAAGGGCAACGGUGAGAAUUCCUUUUGGGUUGCAGUAACAAUUAGGUUUAUAUAGAUUCAAAUUAGUUUAUUGGUUUACCAUGAUUUGUUAAUUCAUUCAUCAUUAAUCAGAUUUUGAAGCCAUUUUCCCUUCGUAGAUUUGCAUGCACUUAAGAAACCAGGUGACGCAGCUCACUGGAGAACACGGUUACUGUGGUAACCUGGUUGUAAAUCUGCAUUUGAUCAGUAGUCUGGUUAACGUGAUGUUUAUUAAAUCACUGGAGAAAUCCAACCGUUACCUGGUUUCUUACAGUAAGUGCAUGUAAACACACUGCUUUUUGGACCUAGUGCAGGUUUUUAAAUUCAACAUUUAUGCUUAUGAAACACACAUAUGCAUUUGUCUAGCCAAACCGGUUAUUCCCACAGCCCUGGGUUUAGGAUUAAGACCAGAAUUGGGAUUAAGAUCACAUUCAUGGUUUCUAUUAUGGCAUGCGGUGGUUGGAGUAGGAUCUGCAGUAUUUCAUUGUUGCAUUUAAGGUUCCAUGGGCCUCACAAGGACAUGAAAAAAACGUGUUCUCACAAAUAAAAGGGUAUGUAAAAUACAGUCCAGCAAUGUUCUAGUGUGCGUGUGGGUGUGUAGGUGGACAUGUGUUUAAGCGUCUGUGAACGCUGCCAGUUACUGGAUGCUCCAAUAUGUCUAUGAAUAUGUCUUGGCAGCCGUAUGAACCACUUGGCUGCCGAGUGGGAUAAGCGCAGAGGAGUAGGAGGGAGAGGAGAUGGGAGGCCUGACCCUGCAGAUGAGUCAGUCAAUGGAGUAAUCACAACUAUUCCUCUGAAUAGCAGCACAAACAGGAGGUUACCCACAAGGCUCUGCUCCUUUUUGCUGUCUCUUCUUCUCUUCAUUUAUCUCCUUCAUCUGUCAGUUGCUUGUGUUUCUUUGUUUUUUUUUCUGGGGCAGAAUCAUAUUGGGUCUUGUUUGUAUGGGGGGGGGGGGUCUUCGUCUGACACAGAAACUGUUUUAAAUGAUAUGCCCAUGUUUUAUGGGUCUCCAUCAUGAAUUCGGGAGGGGUUCAAGUGCCUGCAAUAUCUUUUCUCCACAUAUGCAAAUUUGAUAAUAUCCCAUAAUGCAUGUUUAUUAUUUCUGUUGUGUAGUUAAUGUUUUGUGUGCCCCCCUCUGCCACGUGGAUUCUUCCCAUAAAUCUAUUGUUUCAGGGGAUUUCUUUUUUUUUUUAAUCUUGGGAGAAAUGAGAUAUAUGUUUUUAUUGUUUCAUUGUGUUUUUAUGACCAUCCCUCAUUGUAUUUUACUAUCCACAAUAUGGUACUAUGGUGGUAAAAAAAUGACUAAUAUGUAAGCACAGUGCAAUUUUCCUUUUUACAACAGUGUAUCAUUAAGAGCUGUUUCUGCCAUUCUCUGUACAUACAAUAUCAUUUUUUUUUUCAAUGAAUAAAUUGAGGGUGGAUUCAA